CCCUCUGCGCCGAUUGGUCGCCCCUCCACCGGUCCGUUUGGCAGCCAGAGCCUGGCCCCGGCGGGACUAGGGCGAACGAGAGAGGCGGCACGUGGCACGGCCCUGAGGCGAACUCGGACGGCGGAGGGAAAGGAGGCGCCAUGGGCACCGGCGAGGAGCCGUUGCACGGUGAACCAAAGAAAUUUGAUCCAUCAUUCAAAGGGCCAAUUAAAAACAGGAGCUGCACUGAUGUUAUCUGCUGCUUGGUAUUCAUUGCAGCCAUCAUUGGGUACUUUAUUGUGGGCAUAGUAGCCUGGACAUAUGGAGACCCUCGGAAAGUGAUCUAUCCAACUGACAGCCGCGGGGAGUUCUGUGGUCAAAUUGGAAGCUUAAAUGAACAUAAACCAUUUUUGUUUUACUUCAACAUUCUCAAGUGUGCCAGCCCUCUGUCACUGCUGAAAUUACAGUGCCCAACAACACAGAUCUGUGUUAAAAAAUGCCCAGAAAGUUUUGAAAGCUACCUCACUGCUCACCGUUCCCGAGAGAAGUGGAAUAAGUACAUCCAGUACUGUAAACCAGGCUUUAAUGAUUCCAGCAAAUCACCUGCAGAAGUAUUACGGGAUCAGGACUGUCCUACCUUUCUAACUCCCAGCAAGCCUUUUGUCCGGAGAUGCUUCCCUGCCCUUGAAACCAAUAAGGGUGUGAUUAUGAUCAACAACCAGACCAAUUUUAAUCUCGCCGAUGGAGGAAUUGUGAAUGCUACACAGCUGCUGGAAGGAGCUAAGGGGGCAAAUCGUGUUCUUGAAGCUAGAGAGGUGGCAAUGAAGAUAUUUGAAGAUUACACCAAGUCUUGGUACUGGAUUUUGAUUGGUCUGGUCAUCGCACUGGUAAUUAGUCUAAUCUUCGUUGUGUUGCUGCGCUACCUUGCCACAGUGAUGGUGUGGCUAUCUAUUCUGCUGGUCAUUGCGGCCCUUGGCUAUGGAAUUUAUCACUGUUACACGGAAUAUGCAAGUUUGAAAGGCGUUCAAGGUUCUGAUGUCACCAUCAAAGACCUGGGUUUGCAGACCGACCUACGUGUGUACCUACACCUGCGGCAGACCUGGCUUGCAUUCAUGAUCAUUCUGAUCAUAGUUGAAAUUAUCAUCAUUCUCAUAUUAAUAUUCUUACGGAAAAGAAUUGCCAUUGCAAUCGCCCUGAUCAAGGAAGCAAGCAGAGCCAUUGGAUACAUGAUGUCCUCUCUUCUCUUUCCACUCGUCACCUUCGUCCUGCUGUUACUGUGCAUAACUUACUGGGCCAUAACGGCUGUCUACUUAUCAACUUCCAAUGAAGCAGUUUAUAAAGUAUUUGACAAUGAGACAACUUGCAACUACACCGCAAAGAACUGUGACCCCAGUACUUUCAGUGAAUCUGUUAUUAAAAAGCAGUGCCCAGAAGCGCAGUGUUCAUUUGCAUUCUAUGGAGGCGAGACCUAUUAUCAUCGAUACCUCACCCUGUUCCAGUUCUACAAUCUUUUCCUCUUUUUCUGGCUCGUUAAUUUUGUCAUUGCCUUGGGAGAAGUUACAUUAGCGGGUGCAUUUGCCUCCUACUAUUGGGCCUUUAAUAAACCAGCUGACAUGCCAACGUUUCCUGUGAUGGCUUCAAUGGGACGAGCUCUCAGAUACCAUGUUGGCUCCUUGGCGUUUGGUUCUCUCCUCUUAGCCAUUGUCCAGAUUAUCAGAGUUUUAUUGGAAUAUAUCGAUCAGAAAGUAAAAGGUGCCCAGAAUAAGUUUGCAAAAUUUCUGUUAUCCUGCUUGAAAUGUUGUUUCUGGUGUCUGGAGAAAUUCUUGAAGUUUUUGAACAGGAAUGCUUAUAUAAUGAUUGCAAUUUAUGGGAACAACUUCUGCACCUCAGCAAAGAAUGCAUUCUUCCUGCUCAUGAGAAAUAUCAUCCGGGUGGUUGUUCUGGACAAAGUCACGGAUUUCCUUCUGUUUCUUGGCAAGCUGCUCAUUGUUGGAGGAGUAGGCAUCCUUGGAUUUUUCUUCUUCACUAAUCGAAUAACGAUAUUGGAGGACAAGGCACCAACUCUAAAUUAUUACUGGCUUCCACUGCUGACUCUGAUUAUUGGCUCUUACCUCGUUGCACAUGGGUUCUUUGGUGUCUAUGCCAUGUGUGUGGACACUCUGUUCCUCUGUUUCUUGGAAGACCUGGAGAGGAAUGAUGGUUCGACUGAGAGACCCUAUUUCAUGUCCAAAAAGCUCCUGAAGGUGCUGAAGAAGGAAAAUGAAUGAGAACUGCUGAGUGCAGCUUGCAACUUGGGACAUACGUGUACUCAAAAACAUGGUGCCUCCUUAGAUCAUCCUAAUCACUAACUGAGCAUGGAGCUAGAUGCCUGAACACAGAGUAUAUUCCAAGCUCUAUGCUUGGCUUACUCUCACCAUUUGUGGAUGUUCCUCUCUGUGAGAUCUCUGUCUGCAUUACAGUGGUAUUGAGCUGUGCCAAAACACAUGUUAUGGUUUGAGAUAAAUUUAGGACAUAAUCCACUGAGAGACAUUGUAUUUUUUUACAUAUAUUUGAAAAAAAGACCAUCCAUCUAGGAUUGUGCCAGGCAGGCCCUCACUUCACAUCUCCUGCUCUAAUUACUGUACAGUGACUGAGGAUAAAUUCAAAGGUAUUACUAACAAAUGUGGUUUUGCAUGACAGAUCUGACUGGUUUUAAUAAACUCCACAACUCUAUUUUAAAUGUUGGCACAUUAUUGUCAGGCUCUAUUGCUGUGCUUAGCAUGUGUGCUAUUAAUAGACUAUGAAAUGUACAUAUUAAGGAAUGUUAAACACCUGUAAAUCUACAUGUAAUAAAUUUUCUUUCCUUUUAUCUUUAUCCUUCACCUCCUCUACCCAAAUGGUGUUCACUGUGGGGCAGGUUCCAGGGUGCUAAGCACCCUCCUACCAAUCUUUAUUAAACUGUUUUAAAAUAUUCUUGAUAGGCAUCUGAUUUUACACCUGAGAUUAGUGUAAUUAAUGCCCUAUUCACUUAAGUGAUGAGUAAAUGAAAUGUUAAACUUCCAGAUCUUUGAAACAAAAGGGUUAUAUUAUUGGUCAUUUAGAAGCCUGAACUGUUGGUUCAGAAACUUUGAUUCAGAUCCCACCAUGACAGCUGGGAAUUUAAAUUCAGUUAAUUAAAUAAUCCAGAGUUUAGCAUCAGUAAUAAUAACAAUGGAACCACUACAUUAGUAAGGACCCAAUUGGUUCAUUGCUCUCUAAUGAUAGAAAUUAGCUGAUCCUAUCUAGUCUGGUCUCUGUUGCUCCAAACAUUCUAAUGUUGUUGACUCUUAAGAGCUCCGCAAAAUAGCCUCCGAAACUCAGUUGUAUAAAAUUGCAGUGGGAAUGUGCAAGUAUCAUCGGUACACAGACUUUGAGGGUUCAUUAAGACGAUUUACCACCAUCAUGCCAAGGGCAGUUAGGAAUGUACAAUAAACGGUGGACUUGCCGACAACAUUGACACCUUGUAAGUUAAUUUAAAAAGAUGUGUUUAGAUGGUGCUGUACAGGGGAGACCCUCAAGCUGCCUUGGGCUGUUAGGGAUGUUUUAAUCCUGUGCUUUAUACGCACUGUCACAGACACAUUUAUAAAAAGAAUAUGCUGGUCAUCCUGCUACGUGGUUUAUUAAUAAGUCCUAUAUCACAUGAAGCUUGAGCCUGGGCAACAGAAUCCUGUUUUUGUAUGUUGAUGUUGAAACUAAAGCAUUGACUUUUUUAAAAUGACUAAUACUUUUGACAGUCUUGUUAAAUUCAAGUAUACCUCACUCAAUGAGGAAAGCCUUGGCCUUGUAUAGAAGCAGCUCCUAUCUUUUAUUUAAGAUUUCAAAAGGUGGUUAUUUUAAGAAAUGACCUAUAUGAUUUUUCUGUGUAAAUGAGACUGCAUUGACCUGAUUUUGAGAGAAUAUAUCUACACUUACUUGCCUGUACAUAUAAAACGUGAUGUACAGCCAAUUAUGCACUUGCAUGCCCACAUUAUCAGCCAAUAAAUAAAUUGUACUCUUCCUUUUGUA